AGCUAUUAUAUCACGUGUGAAUGCAACUGCGGCUAAAUUUGGUUAUUAACAGUGCAACAGUACCAUGUCAUUGGCAAAACCCCUAAGGGCUGCUGGCACAUAAAGGUUGUAAAGUUUUUGGUAUCGAUGAACUUACUCGAAGAAGACGAUGGCCGAAAACAUAUGAUGAAACAUCUUCUGGCAUGCCUUUGACAAUCGUUAAGUCAGCCGGAGGCUUCACAUACGAUAUUUCACACAUGCUGGAAUUCGUUAGCGGACAGAGCACACAUUUACAAAAUAUUUAUAGUUCUGCAGAACGUGCAUGCAUAUUCGAUUCCGAUUUUAUGGGUCUAUUACGGAGGACAACCGAACUUCAGUUGGUUGGCCAGUGGCUGAAAUGGUAUUACCGAUGGCAACUAGCAACUGAAAGCUGGCAACUAAGUUGCUAUAUUGGCAAUGGCGCUGUCCAUCGGCAACCCAACUGAGGUUCCGUUCCCAUCCAUAAUCGAUCCAUAAGUCAUAAUCGCACGAACUAAUCAAGGCUAUCAUAGAAUUCAUC